AUGAGAAAACUAAUGUAACUAUUAUUUUUAAUACUGAGAAAGAAGCUCUUCACAUUAAGAACAACAAAAAACUACCAACAACAACAAUACAACAAAAGAGCAUUUGAAAAUAUGCCUAAAAGAGCAGGCUUUGGUGAUGUGGAACUAAGGAUCUUGGUUAUUGGGAGCAGUGGUCCAUCUCAGUUCCUUCUCACCAACUUCAUUUUGGGAAGAGAGGAGUUCUCUGAGGAAGUCUAUAGCAUUGCAAGCAGCCAGAAAAAUGUGGGAGAGAUAGUAGGAAGACAGGUCGCCGUAGUCAAUGGACCGAACCUGUAUGACAAAGGCAUGUCCAAGUCCAAGAUGAGGAAAGAGCUGAAAAGAUCGAUGUGCUUGUCGACUCCUGGACCUCAUGCCAUACUCAUCACAUUCGACCUGGAGAAGAUCUCCCCCAACGAUAUGAAGACUCCCAAGCUGGUUAAGGAUAAAUUUGGAGAGAAUGUGUUGAAUUACACAAUGAUCCUCUUGCUUUAUGACGGGCAUCUGAGAGGCAGAGCGCUUGAUGAUAAGGUCAUGAGAACAGACUGGCAUCUGAGGGAGCUCGUGGAGCAGUGCAACUGCCGCUAUCACGUCUUCAGUAAGAACUGGAGGAACCGCAGCGGGAGCCGGGAGCUCCUACAUAAGAUCGAGCGGAUGCUGCAGACUAUGGGCGGACACCAUUACGUUAACAGAUCUUACAAGAGGGCAGAGGAAAGCGUCAGAAAUGAGGAGAGAAAGCUACGCAAGAAGAGACAGUCUGAGACCGAGCGGACGUGCCGGGAACUGGAGGAGCAGUUUCAGGGGGAUGAGCUAUGCUGGCAGAUGGAUGCCUUCAAUGCGAGGUUGGGGGCAGAAAUCAGGGCCGAGGCUGAGCUGCAGAAUAGAUGGCUCAGGACUUCACUGGCUGUGGGAUUGGGACUGGGGUUUGUGGCUGGAGCCGCCAUGGGAAUGAUCGUGGGCUCUGUGGAAGGGCCAGCAGGAAUGGUGGUGGGAGGGGCUGUGGGUGGUGUCGUGGGCGGGGCUUCGGGUGCUGCUGCACAGCUGGCCAUUGAACACGUGGAUGACAGAAGCACAUGUCUCCGAGAGGUUCAGGAAAGUCAAAGGGUGUUUUCUUCUCUGUUGGGCACCUUAGAGAAGAGCCAUAAACUGGUAGUGGCAGCAGUUGAGCAGAAACAAAAAGAGGCGGAGAAAAGAGUUGAAAGGCUUGUAAAAGACCUGGAUAAAGAAAUCCUUGAACUGGAAAAUGGACACACCAACCCUGAGCACUUGGAUGACAAGGAGCGCCUUAAAAAGAGCUUCAGUGAUAUACCACGAGCAAUGAGAGACUGGUCUAAAGUCACACUGGAGACUGAUCCUUGUGUUGGCUUGACCGGGCAGGCUGUGGUGGACUUCAUGGAUACAGUCACGAUGGAAGCUAAAAGACUUUCUAAAGCUGAACUGAAGAGACUGCAGAAGUACUCAGUUGAUGUAAAUCUGAAUCCUCGGACAGCUCACACUUACCUCUACAUCUCUGAGGACAGGAAGGAGGUUAGACAUGCGAAUAAACGUCAAGAAGUCCCAGAAAACCCCAAAAGGUUCGACCGUGUGGCAAACGUAAUGUCCAAGGAAGCCUUUAGCUAUGGAAGACACCUUUGGGAAGUGGAGGUUGGAGACAAGACUGACUGGGAUCUGGGAGUAGCCAAACAAUCUGUCAACAGAAAGGGAAAAUUCACAAUAUGUCCAGCCAACGGCUUCUGGAUGCUUAGCUUAAAGAAUGGCACCCAGUUCACUGCCAACACAUUCCCUCCAACUUUCUUCAGCCUCAGUCACAAACCUAAAAGAGUGUCUAUUUACCUGGACUAUGAGGAGGGACGUGUGUCUUUCUAUUGUUUGGAUACCGGGACUCAUAUCUACACUUUCAAAGAUGCUUUCACAGAUAAGCUCCACCCCAUCUUCAGCCCGGGACGACCCCACGGGGAAAAGAACACUGCUCCCCUUAUCAUCAGCAGCAGCUGCUGCAGCAUCUGAAACAAUAUGCUAGCUCUUACAGCUCUUUCACUUUCUUUACCAUUGCCAUUAUAGGAUGCAAUUAAUUGUAUUAUUAUUAUCAUUACAAAAAAUACUUUCUAUUUAUUACUGGUGCUUGCUAAAACCUUAAUUUUUGAUGUGACUAACAUACCA